AUGGAGAAAGCCAUCAACAGGCAGAGAAUCUUGCUACAACAUUUGCGACCCUCUUCUUCGUUUUCUCGACAGACCUCUGAAUCUUCUUCUCUAUCUCCUUUGAUAUGCUUGGCUGGGGAUAAUGCUUCUGGGGAGGAUGACAUUGUCAUUGUAGCAGCUUAUCGGACUCCGAUUUGCAAAUCCAAACGAGGUGGGUUUAAGGAUACACUUCCGGAUGAUUUACUUGCCUCUGUACUCAAGGCAUUGAUAGAGAGAACGAAUAUUAAUCCUGCCGAGGUUGGGGAUAUAGUUGUAGGGACCGUUUUGGCUCCCGGUUCGCUUAGAGCUAUCGAGUGCAGGAUGGCCGCAUAUUAUGCCGGUUUUCCUGAUUCAGUACCUAUACGGACAGUGAAUAGACAAUGUUCAUCUGGUCUCCAAGCUGUUGCUGAUGUUGCUGCCUUCAUCAAAGCCGGAUAUUAUGAUAUAGGCAUUGGUGCUGGGCUGGAAUCCAUGACAGUAGAUAAUAUGGGUCAGAUUAAGAUGGUCAACCCGAAAGUAGAGAGUUUUGCAAAGGCUCGUGAUUGUCUGCUUCCAAUGGGCGUUACAUCUGAAAAUGUUGCUGAACGUUAUGGUGUGACUCGGGAAGAACAAGAUCAAGCUGCUGUCAUCUCUCACCAACGUGCGGCUGCUGCACGUGCAUCAGGAAAAUUUAAAGACGAGAUAAUUCCGGUGUUUACUAAGAUUGUGGACCCUGCAAGUGGCGAAGCAAAGCCUGUUACCGUCUCAGAAGACGAUGGGAUUCGGCCCAACUCGAAUAUGAGAGAUCUAGCAAAGUUGAAACCUGCAUUCAAAAAAAAUGGAUCCACAACUGCUGGAAAUGCAAGUCAGGUGAGUGAUGGUGCUGGAGCUGUUCUUCUCAUGAAACGAAGUUUGGCCUUGCGAAAGGGGCUUCCAAUUUUAGGCGUAUUUAGGAGUUUUGCUGCUGUGGGUGUUGAACCUGGUGUUAUGGGUAUUGGCCCAGCUGUUGCCAUUCCAGCUGCAGUGAAAUCGGCCGGCCUUGAGCUUAAGGACAUUGACUUGUUCGAGAUAAAUGAGGCAUUUGCUUCCCAGUAUGUGUACUGCUGCAAAAAAUUGGGUCUUGAUACCAAUAAAGUCAACGUCAAUGGAGGAGCAAUGGCCCUUGGGCACCCGUUGGGAGCCACAGGGGCCCGUUGUGUUGCCACUCUACUUCAUGAGAUGAAACGUCGUGGAAAGGACUCUCGUUUUGGUGUAAUAUCCAUGUGCAUAGGCUCCGGUAUGGGCGCUGCUGCUGUUCUCGAAAGAGGUGACUGA